AUAAACAUUAAGACUAAACUGCAAUGACUGUAUGUGCCUUUUAGAACAUCUUCAGAUGUUCUGGGGUUACCUUUAGCUACGACAUGGCUUUGGCUUAGACUCCAAGUCCUUUUGGGUUAGGAAUACUUCUUGUUCUUCACAAUUCUUUGCACAGUACUGUCCAGGCUGUGUGGGGUAUUAAUUCUUUUGUCAAUAAAAAAUAUUAAAAACCAUUUUCUCUUGUAAGCUAACUUGUGGCUUUUAAAGAAAUUCUUCUAUCAACAUGCUAUUUCUAAAAUACUACUUGGCUGAACAUCGAAAAUUUAGACUAAGUCCUAGAAAAUUUGUAAGCUUGUGGAACACGUGCACAUACCCACGGUGACAGAUCUUUGAAGCUUUGACGAGUUCAAAAGGUUUCUGGGCUGUUCGUUUUACAACUGCUGUUGUCCUUUCUCUGAUAGCCAAACAGGAAGACACUCAGAAGAAAACCUUCACCUGCUGGAUAAACUCACAGUUGGCAAAGCACUCUCCUCCCUCGGUUAUAUCAGACCUAUUUACAGACAUUAAAAAGGGUCAUGUCCUCCUGGACCUGUUAGAAGUACUUUCAGGACAACAGUUGGUAAGAUUAUGAAUGACACCAAGAGACUUUCUGUUGAUUUUUAAAAAAUGUAUUUCUUACUGAGUAAUCUAUUUACUUGAAUUUCAUAGCCUCGGGAUAAAGGAACUAAUACAUUCCAGUGCAGAAUCAAUAUAGAACAUGCCCUGACAUUCCUAAAACACCGAUCAGUGAGUAUAAAUUUCACUUGAAGAUUCACAGGAGAGAUGAAUGCUAUGGAAUGUUUUCUCCUUUUAACCUGCAUUUCUUUUCUUCCAGAUCAAGCUAAUAAAUAUUCAUGUUGCUGAUAUUGUAGAUGGAAACCCAUCCAUUAUUCUUGGCCUAAUUUGGACAAUUAUACUGCACUUUCAUAUUGAGGAGCUUGCCCAGACUCUUUCUUGCCAUUACGAUCAGCCUUCCCUGGAUGAUGUGAGUGUGGUUGAUUCAUCUCCUACCUCAAGUCCUCCAGCUAAGAAAUGCUCCAAAGCUCGGGCAAGAUGGCAGAUGUCUGCAAAGAAUGCUCUUCUUUUGUGGGCUCAGGAACAAUGUGCCACGCAUGAGUCUGUCAGUGUGACAGAUUUUAAGUCGAGCUGGAGAAACGGGAUGGCUUUUUUGGCCGUCAUUCAUGCCUUGCGACCAGACCUAAUUGACAUGAGGACGAUGAAGCACAGAUCCAACAAAGACAAUCUGAAAGAGGCCUUCAGAAUUGCAGAACAAGAAUUAAAAAUCCCUAAAAUGCUGGAACCAGAAGAUGUGGAUGUUGUUAAUCCCGAUGAAAAGUCGAUCAUGACCUAUGUGGCGCAGUUUCUCCAGUAUUCCAAGGAUGCAGUUGGGGCUGGAGAUAAGGCUCAGGGAAACGUGAAAGACGCCAUGGUCUGGUUAACUCUGCAACAGGAGAAACUACAGAAAGUGUUAAAGGAUUCAGAAAAUGAGACCUACUUUAAAAAGUAUCAUAGCCUGCUGUCCUUUAUGGAGUCAUUUGAUGAAGAAAAGAAAUCUUUUUUGGACGUUCUGUCGAUAAAAAGGAAUCCCGAUAAACUGGAUGAAGAUCAGUUACAGUUGAGAGAAGCCUGCAACAGCCUCGAGUACCAGAUUAACGCAUGGAAAACACAGCUGAAUUAUGCCUUGCCCCUCCAGCUCAGUGAGGUCGAAGGGUGGCUCCAGGAGGUAGAGCAGCUCACGGCUGAAGAUUUGCCAGCCUCCGGGGAUUACUCUGAAGCCAUGACUCUGACACAAGAGAAAAUGACUCUAUUCAAGAGUCUGAUGGAUAGAUUUGACUGUUAUUCGAACAUUCUCCUUACAUUUGAAAAUAGAGAUGAAAAACAUUUGCCAUUGGUACCACCUAACAAAUUGGAGGAAAUGAAAAGACGAAUCAACAACAUUUCGGGGGAAAAAUUCAUUCCACUUCUAGAAUUUCAUUACUAUAAGUACUCAGUGCUUGGUUUGUUAGAUGAAGUGAAAUCAAAAUUAGACGUUUGGAACAUUAAAUAUGGGAACAAAGACUCUGUGGAAUUACUGCUGGAAGACUGGCAUGAAUUUAUUGAAGAAAAAGAGUUCCUAGUUCAACUUGAUACUUCUUUUCAAAAGUGUGAAGAAAUUUAUAAGAAUUUGGCUGGAAAACAUCAGAAUAUUAGGAAACAAUAUAUGAUGGUGAAAUAUGAUGUUUGUAUGUAUAGAAAAAAUAUAUAUAAUGUGAAGUCUACUCUACAAAAAGUUCUGGAGUGUUGGGCUACCUAUGUGGAAAACCUUCGCUUACUGAAGGCUUGUUUUGAGGAGACAAAGAAGGAUCAAAUUAAAGAGGUUCCCUUUGAGACACUAUCGCAAUGGAGUCUAGAACAUACUGCUUUAAAUGAAGCAGGAGAUUUCCUAAUUGAAGUUAGCAAUGAUGCGGUUGGAUCUUCUGUUUCUAAGGAACUGAGAAGGCUGAAUAAAAGAUGGAGAAAGCUUAUUUCAAAAACUCAGCUUGAAAUGAAACUACCACUUAAAAAAAAACAGGAUCGGCCCAUUUUUGACAAUUCUGGAAAUAUUCUAUCUAAAGAAGGAAAACCAACUGUUGAUUUUUUGGUAGACAUGUCAAUAGAACUUCCUGAAUAUCACUAUCAGAAUAUAAAGGCUGGAAAAGAACAUGAAGAAUUCAUAGGGCAACUAAAAGUUGCUGAAGAGGUUGAAAAACUCAUUGGACAAGUGGAAAUCUGGGAGGCAGAAACCAAAUCUGUUUUGGAUCUUCUGAGACAUGAAGAUAAUGUGGAUACCUCAAUGGAAGAAUCUUUGCAGCAUCUUAUUGCCAAAGGCUUUAUGUAUGACGAGCUUAUGGCUAGAACGGAGGAUACUUUACAAAUGGAUAUACAAAGUGUUUCAAGCCAGGAGUCCCUCCAACAUGUUAUCAAGGCUGGGCUUCAGAUAAAGAUUCAAGAAGCUAAAGAGAAAGUCCAGAUCAAUGUAGCAAAACUUGCUGCAGUGUUGAAGAGCUCAACUGACAUUUCUCCAGAAGUGGAUGCCAGGCUGAAGAUGGAAGAAUCACUGAAGGAAGUUGAAUCAUAUAUUACAAGGGCUGAGCAGUUACUUGGGCAAAGAGAGAGCCCUGGUGGACUCAUUUCAAAAUAUAAGGAGGCACUAAUAAUUUCUGAUACUAAAAGUCUGCCCAAGUAUUUGAAAGCUGUUGAAGAGCUAAAAAAUAAUGCAACUGAAGAUGUAAGGCUAUCUUUGGAAGAAAAGAGUAGUGCCAUCUGUGCCAAGUGGGAGUCUCUUCAUCAUGAACUGUCUUUGUAUAUUCAACAACUAAAAAUAGGUAUUGAAAAAGAAAAGCUUAGUGAUAACAUUUUAAAACUUGAAAAGCAAAUAAAUAAAGAAAAGAAACUUAUUCGUAGAGGAAGGACCAAGGGUCUCAUCAAAGAACAUGAGGCUUGCUUUUCCGAGGACGGCAUUCGGCACCAGCUUCAUCACCACAUGGAUGUCCUGCGGGAGCUGUGCAAAGAGCUGACUUCACAGAAGAGUCAGCAAGAAGUGCAGAGAGCACUCAAAGAUUAUGAACAAAAGACAGAACGACUUCUGAAAUGCGCUUCCGAGAUUCACACGGCGCUGCAGCCCACGACAGGAGGCGCGUCGAAAAACGAGCUCCUCCUUCAUAAGAACAGCUCUGCUUCAGGGGGGACCACGACCACAUCUGAGAACAGAGGAAGGGAUUUCCACAGUGAGGGGCCAUUUGCAAAAUCAGAUAACCAGCCAUCAACCGAAAAGGCAGUGGAACCAAUUACGAAAUUUAACCUGGCAUCAGAGUUAAAGCCUCAACAAGAAGAAAGCAUUACAGAGACGUACGAGAAGGAUCACAGUGCAUCUAUAAAUACUUUACUAGAGAGGUAUGAUACACACAAAGAGAUUCUUGAAUUACACCUGCAAAACAACGCAUUCAGGAUUACUUCUGACUUCUCUACUGAAAAGGAAAGGAGUAGUUCUUGUCUGCAGGAUAAACUGACAGAUCUACAGGUCUUAAAAAAUGAAACUGAUGCUUGCUGGAAAGAGUUUGAAAUCACUUCAUCGCAGUUAGAAAAUCUUGUGAGUGACGAAAAGAAGCCUUUUAUAGUUAAAGACAGAGACAGAUUAAAGGGAAAGGAAAGAGAGCUUCAGAUGACACUUAAUGCCAGAAUGGAGUCUUUAGAGACAGCACUACAGAUUGUGUUACCUGUGGAGAAAGAAUUGCUCCUCCUACGUGGCUUGGACCUGCCCCUGCAGGAAAUGACCAUCCAGGAAUUUUACCUCAUUGAUGCUGAUGGCAUUUAUCAAAACCUGAGGAAUAUCGAAGAUUCCAUAGCAAAGCAGAUUGAAAUAUGUAACAAUUUAGAAGAGUCUGGCAACUUUGUAUUAAAGAAAUUACACCCAUUGGACCUACAUGCAAUGCAGAAUAUUAUAGUGAAAUGCAAAACACAACUGGAAGAAAUGAACCACAAGGUGCAGACAAUUGGAGAUGCCCUCAAAGCUCUGGAAGAUUUUUUGGCAUCUCUCAGAAUGUCUAAACUCCCUGUUGAGCUUGUUACAGGCCAUUCGGCCUCAGAUCCACAGGCGACAUCAGAAAAUACUUUGACAGUAACAAAUAAAGAGGAAGAAAUUCAUCUGAUGAAAGACAAUGCCAGACAUUUGGAUGAACGUUUGAAAAAGCUUGAUAUGAACUUGAAAGAUGCUGAAUGGGGUGAAGACACCUCCUGUGAAAAACUUUUUGAUGCUGUGUCAAUACAGUUAUUUGAGACACAUGGCUUUAGUGUACAGGAGGAGCUCACUGAGGAAAACAAGUUACUAGAGGCUUGUAUUUUCAAAAAUAAUGAACUCCUUAAAAAUAUUCAAGAUGUACAGAAUCAAAUCAGUAAAAUUGGUCUUAAGGAUCCUACUGUUCCAGCUGUGAAACAUCGGAAAAAAUCACUAAUCCAACUGGAUAAGGAUCUGGAUGAAUAUGAAGAAGAGAAGAAACAUUUACAAGAAAUGGCCAAUUCUCUUCCACAAUUCAAAGAUGGCAGAGAAAAAACCUUGAGUCAACAGUGCCACAGUACCGUCCUCCUGUGGGAGAAUACAAAAGCUUUGGUGACCGAAUGUCUAGAACAAUGUGGAAGAGUUUUGGAGCUCUUAAAACAAUAUCAGAAUUUUAAAAGUAUCUUGACAACUUUGAUUCAGAAAGAAGAGAAUGUCAUCUCCCUGCAGGCUUCAUACAUGGGAAAGGACAACCUGAAGAAAAGGAUAGCAGAGAUUGAAAUUGUCAAAGAGGAAUUUAAUGAACAUUCAGAAGUUGUAGACAAGAUAAACCAGAUCUGCAAAAAUCUACAAUUUCAUCUAAAUAAAAUGAAAACUUUUGAAGAGCCCCCUUUUGAGAAAGAGGCUAAUAUUAUUGUGGAUAGAUGGCUUGAUAUAAAUGAGAAGACAGAAGACUACUAUGAAAAUCUUGGUCGAGCACUGGCUUUGUGGGACAAACUUUUUAACUUAAAAGAUGUCAUUGAUGAGUGGAUGGAAAAAGCCCUUCAAAAAAUGGAAUUACAUCAACUGACUGAAGAAGACAGAGAAAAGCUGAAGGAAGAGUUACAAGUCCAUGAACAAAAAACUUCAGAAUUUUCUGGAAGACUGGCUGAAAUACAGUUUCUGCUUCAAAGUAGUGAAAUACCUCUUGAGUUGCAGGUCAUGGAGUCCUCUAUUUUGAACAAGAUGGAACAAGUAAAAAAGUGUUUAACAGGAGAACCCAACUGCUCUGCACUCAGUGGCAGCACCGCCGAGCUAAGGGAGGAUCUUGACCAAGCCAAGACCCAAAUUGGGAUGACUGAAUCCCUCUUAAAAGCCCUGUCUCCUUCCGACAGCUUGGAGAUCUUCACUAAACUAGAGGAGAUACAACAGCAAAUUCUACAGCAAAAGCACAGUAUGACAUUACUUGAGAAUCAAAUAGGUUGUCUGACUCCUGAACUCUCUGAAUUGAAAAAGCAAUAUGAAAGUGUCAGUGAUUUAUUUAAUACCAAAAAAAGUGUUUUGCAAGAUCAUUUUUCUAAGUUACUGAGUGAUCAAUGCAAGAACUUUAAUGACUGGUUCAGCAACAUAAAAAUGAAUCUUAAAGAAUGUUUUGAAUCAUCAGAGACAAAAAAGAGUGUGGAACAGAAGCUACAGAAACUUUCUGAUUUCCUGAUCCUUGAAGGAAGAAGCAGUAAAAUACAGCAGGUGGACACUGUAUUGAAGCAUGUGAAGAAGCAUCUGCCCAAAGCACACAUUAAGGAGCUUACCAGCUGGCUUGCAGGUCAAGAAUUUGAAUUAGGAAAAAUGGAGUCCAUAUGCCAGUCACGAGCAAAGGAGCUCGAUGACUGUUUGCAGCAGCUGCUGAGACUCCAGGAUGACCACAGAAACCUGAGUAAGUGGUUGACUAAUCAGGAAGAAAAAUGGAAAGAAAUGGAAGAAUCAGGAGAGAAAGCUGAGCUAUUUUGCCAAGCUUUCACUAGAAAGAGGGAACAAUUUGAAUCUUUGGCCCAGUUGAACAACUCUUUGAAGGAAUAUGGGCUUACUGGCGAAGAAGUAAUAACGGAAUCAGCGUGUUUGAUUGAGAGAUACCAGGCAUUAUUGAGAGAUUUAGGUGAAAUUGAGGAAGAGGAUAAGUUACCACCUGCGGAGGACCAGAGCUUUAAUGAUCUUGCAGAUGAUGUAAUUCACUGGAUAAAAGAGAUUAAAGAGUCCCUUAUGGUUUUGAAUUCAUCUGAAGGCAAAAUGCCACUUGAGGAAAGAAUCCAAAAAAUAAAGGAAAUCAUUUUACUGAAGCCUGAAGGUGAUGCCAAAAUAGAGACCAUCAUGCAGCAGGCUGAGAGCAGCGAGUCCCCGCUGGCUCAGGAGACCCUCACUGACAUCAGCAACCAGUGGGACAACACGCUGCACUUAGCCAACACGUACCUCAGCCAUCAAGAAAAGCUUCUAUUAGAAGGAGAGAAGUAUUUGCAAAGUAAGGAAGAUUUGAGAUUAAUGCUCACAGAACUAAAGAAGAAACAAGAAGCGGGCUUUGCUCUGCAACAUGGUCUGCAAGAGAAGAAAGCUCAGUUAAAAAUUUAUAGGAAAUUCCUCAAGAAAGCACAAGAUUUGACAUCCUUGCUAAAGGAGUUAAAAUCUCAAGGAAAUUACCUUUUGGAAUGUACUAAAAAUCCCAACUUCAGUGAAGAGCCUUGGCUGGAAAUAAAGCACCUACAUGAAAGUCUUCUUCAACAACUGCAGGAUUCCGUGCAGAAAUUGGAAGGCCAUGUUCAAGAACACCACUCAUACCAGGUUUGCGUGACAGACCUGAAUACCACAUUGGACGAUUUCUCCAAGGAGUGUGUCAGUUUUUCUGAUAAGCCUGUGGAUCAAACAGCAGUUGAGGAAAAAUUGCAGAAACUGCAGGAACUAGAGAAUAGACUCAGUCUGCAAGAUGGCACAUUAAAGGAGAUUUUAGCUUUAGCAAAAUCCAUCAAGCAAAAUACAUCUUCAGUGGGACAGAAGAUUAUUAAGGAUGAUAUAAAAUCACUUAAGUAUAAACAAAAAGAUUUGGAAAACAGACUUGAAUCUGCUAAGCAGGAGAUGGAAAAUUAUCUCAAAAGCAUUCUCAAAUCAGAAUGCUCGACAGAAAAGAAAGAAAAGUUUACUCUGCCAGGCAGAGAGAAGCAGACCACUUCUGAUGUUCAGGAGUCUACUCAGGAAUCAGGUGCAGUGGAAAAGUUGGAAGAAGACUGGGAAAUAAACAAGAAUUCAGCUGUGGAAAUGGUUAUGUCAAAACAACUUUCUCUCGAUGUUAAAGAAAGCUUGAAAAACACUGAAGAUGAGCAGAAAGUCAAUGAGCUGCAAAAUCAACCUUUAGAAUUAGAUAUUAUGUUAAGAAAUGAACAAUUAAAAGAGAUAGAGGAAUUAUAUUCCCAGUUGAAAGCAAAGAAAGCAGCCAUUGAACCACCGGAACAAACUGAAUGUCUCAAACAAACAGAAACCAGUGCCUUGGUUUUCCACGAUAGAAGAUAUUCAGCACACCACUUGGACAAUCUGCUUCAGGCACUUAUUACUUUAAAGAAAAAUAAAGAAAUCCAAUAUUGUCUCCUUAAAGAUUUUCAGGAACACCUCACUGCAGUUGAAUCCUCAAUGAAAGCCUUGUUGACAGAAAAGGAAAGUCUAAAAGUGGGACCACUGGAUAGUGUAACAUAUCUGGACAAAAUUAAAAAAUUGCUGUCAUCCAUAGAAAAAGAGAAAGGUUUUUUAAGCAAGCUGAAAAUCGAAUGGGAGAAUUUAUCAAACCAUGCAACGGACAUGGAUAAGCAAUUGUUGGAAAUCCAGAUUAAGCAACUUGAACAUGGUUGGGAACAGGUGGAACAACUGGUUCAAAAGAAGUAUUCUCAGCAAGCAGUAGAAUAUGAUGAAUUUAUGUCCCUCAUGAAUAAGAUGCAAGACGUUGAGAGUUCUCUGCAGCAACAGCAGCAAUGUCUGCAGUUAAGGCUGAACUCACCAGAACAGGAGGGGAACCAAAGCAUGAUUGCCUUGGCCACUCAACUCGAGGCUACCAAGCAUAGACUUUCUGUUUUAAAGGGGCAAGCUGAAUUUCAGAUGAAGAGGCUUUGGGGAGAAAGAGAAAAGAAGAUUUUAGAGGAUGCAAUAAAUAAUUUGAAGAAGCAAUUAGAAGCAUUGGAGCCAUUAAACCUAGAGGUAGAAAAUCAGAUUGAGAAGUGUGACAUUAGGAACAAAGUGAAGGAAACUAUGUUGUGGAUGAAGAAUCUGUUGAAUGAACUCAUUACCCCCAUUUCCCUUCUCCCAGAUGACAUUCUUUCACAGAUCAGAAAAUGCAAGGUGACACAUGAUGGCAUUCUGGAGAGGCAGCAGGCUGUGGAAUUGUUGGUUGCAGAGGUCAAAGGUAACAUUCCUAGACUUACAGCAUGUGAGGGCGAUGACUUAAAUAAUCUCGUGGAGGACUUACAGAAGCAAUACCAAAUGCUGGUUUUAAAAUCAACCCAAAGAUCACAGCAAUUAGAACUUAAAUUGGAGGAAAGAAGCAAAUUUUUUGCAAUAAUAACAAAGGUUCAACUUGUACUUCAAGGAAAGGAAACACCGAUAAUUCCCAAGGUGGAAAAAACCCCCACAGAAGCUGAACUAGAACAUCACCAUGUCGGUCUGAAGGCAUCUCAGAAGGAAUUGCAAGAAAUUGAGACUGUCAUCUCAACCCAUCUUCAGGAACUAACAAACAUCUAUGAGGAUCUGAGUGUGUUUGAAAGAUUAUUUCUGGAUGAUCAACUAAAAAAUCUUAAGACUAGGGCCAACAGAAUACAAAGAUUUAUUCAGAAUAAAUGUAAAGAAAUAGAGCACAAGGUAAAUUUUUAUAGAGAAUUCCGUGAAAGAACAUCUGUGCUUCAGAAGGAGGCUGACAAUAUACAACACAAUGAACUGCUACUUCAAGAAAUAAACCAAGGUGUUAAAGAGGAGAUCUAUAAACUGAAAGACAGAUUCAUUGGUAUUCAGCGUAGCAUCUUACAAGUAUUGAAACUUAAAGAAUUGUUUGACUGUAUGGGACUAAACUGGGAUGGUUCACAACUUGACCAAUUACAAACACAAGUAUUUGAAAAAGAAAAGGAACUUGAAGGAAAAAUUAAGCAGUUAGAAACAUUUGAGGCAGAACAUGGCAAAUAUCAAGCAUCGCUAAGUAAAAUGAGAGCCAUGGAUUUGCAAAUUAAGAAAAGGGCCGAAGAAGUACUAAAAGAUCCUAAUACUUCGCCAGAAUCUAAUGCGCUCAAUGCUCAAAUUCUGAAUCAGAGAAUUGAGAAAGCCAAGUGCUUAUAUGAUGAGAUACUAAAGAAUUUAAAUGAAAAUAAGGCCUUUGAUGACUCAUUCAAAGAAGAAGAAAUAUUACAAAUAAAGCGGAAUGCAGAAGAAAAUGAUGAGUUACACAAGGUUCUCCAAAACAUGGUACCACAAUUCUGGCCAAAAGAAAUGGAUGAAAAGAAUUUUCAGGACAAACUAGAAAAUUCCAUACAUGUUUUAAAUCAGAUAAAAUCUCAAUUACAGCAGCCUUUACUUACAAAUUUGGAAAUUAAACAUAUUCAAAAUGAAAAGGAUAAUUGUGAAGCAUUUCAGGAACAAGUUCAGGCAGAAAUGUACAGUAUUAAAGCUGUGACUCCUGUUGAGAAGCAAAGAGAAGAAGAAAACUCUUCUGAAGCCAGUGAUGUGGAGAUGAAAUUACGUGACGUUGAAGAGCUUCAGAGGCAGCUUAGCAUGAUCAUUGAUUUACGCACAAAUGCCUUGAAUGAUGCUUAUGAAAAUUUAACACGCUAUAAAGAGGAGGUCACCAGGGCGUCAGAGAUCAUCGCUUCCCUUGAAGCCAUCAUCGCAUCCCAUAGAGUGGACCUUGAUAAUCCAGAAGAAUCGCUAGAGAUGCCUCUUAGGAAACAAGAGGAAUUGGAAUCCACAAUAGCAGACAUCCAGGACCUGACCGAGAAAUUGGGAGCUAUAUCCAGCCCUGAAGCCAAGCUACAGCUUCAGUGUACUUUACAGGAAAUAGUUUCUAAGAGCUCAGCCAUGAAGGAAGCUGUCAAAGUACAGAAAGCUGAGGGAGAAAGACAUCUCGAGAAUUACCAAUGCUAUAGAAAAAUUGAACAGAAAAUUUGCACUAACCUCAGCAAAAUGGAAGCAGUUCUUGGGCAGUCCAUGUCUCCAUUGCCAGUGUCUUACAAAGAAGCUUUAGAGCGCUUGGAACAGAGCAAGGCCUUGGUGUCAAAUCUUAUAUCAAUUAACGAAGAGUUGAUGAAACUGCGACGGGCCCUCAGACACUUGAGACCGAGGUGCACAGAAGACAACGGCGUGUGUUUGCUCCGAACUCUGUCUGCUCUGUGGGCGAAAUGGCUGAGCUUGCUGGAAGCCGCUAAAGAAUGGGAGAUGUGGUGUGAAGACCUGAAGCGGGAGUGGAAAUUUGUCAGUGAAGAAAUCGAACGAGAAGCAAUUAUUUUAGAUAAUCUCCAGGAAGAACUCCCUGAAAUUUCCAAAACAAAAGAAGCAGCCACCACAGAGGAGCUGUCUGAUGUGCUAGACUGUUUACGCCAAUAUGAGGAGAGUGUGGAUAAGCAGCAGCUGUCACUGAACCUACUUCUCCAGCGCAUCAAAAAUAUCCAGAAUGUUCCUGAAGGCUUAGGGGCAGUGGAGCCUGUUCCAGCAUAUCAGGAGAUUAUGUCUAUGCAAGAGCGAUGCAGCAAGCUUUUUCAGAAAGUACAAAAACAUAAGGAAUUGAUAGAGGCUGAAAUCCAAGAAAGACAUUCCUUCUCAAAAGAAAUAAUUGCUUUGAAGAAUUUAUUUCAACAAACUACAACUUCUUUCCAAAAUAUGGCAUUACAGGACUACCCAGAAAAGGCAGAAGAGUUUGAGGAGCUUCAAAGCAUUCUUAGAAAAGGAAAGCUAACUUUUGAGAAUAUUAUGGAAAAACUACGAAUCAAGUAUUCUGAAAUGUACACCAUAGUCCCUGCAGAGAUUGAAUCCCAGGUGGAAGAAUGCAGAAAAGCCUUAGAAGACGUAGAUGAGAAGAUAAGCAAUGAAGUCUUGAAAAGUUCACCAUCAUAUGUAAUGAAUAGAAAAAUAGAAGAAAUUAACAAUGGGCUUCAUAACGUUGAAAAGAUGUUGCAGCAGAAAAGCAAAAAUAUUGAGAAAGCACAAGAAAUUCAAAAGAAAAUGUGGGAUGAGCUUGACCUCUGGCAUUCCAAGCUGAAUGAGCUGGAUUCUGAAGUUCACGACAUUGUUGAACAGGACCCGGGACAGGCUCAAGAGUGGAUGGAUAGCUUGAUGAUCCCUUUCCAGCAGUAUCAGCAAGUGUCACAGAGGGCAGAAUCUAGAACCUCGCAAUUAAAUAAGGCCACGCUGAAGAUGGAGGAAUAUAGUGAGCUCCUGAAGAGCACUGAGGCUUGGAUCGAAAGUACCAGUCGUUUGCUGGCCAAUCCUGCUGACUAUGACUCUUCACGGAAACUGAGUCACCACGCCAGCACCCUCCAGAUGGCUUUGGAAGAUUCAGAACAGAAGCACAAUCUUUUACAUUCAAUUUUUACGGAUCUAGAAGACUUGUCAAUAAUUUUUGAAACAGAUGACUUAAUACAGUCCAUACAAGAGUUAAGUAAUCAAGUAACAGCUUUACAACAAAAAAUAAUGGAAAGCCUUCCACAGAUUCAGCGAAUGGCCGAUGAUGUGGUUGCUAUUGAAUCUGAAGUAAAAUCAAUGGAGAAAAAAGUUUCAAAAAUCAAAACUAUCCUGUUAUCAAAAGAAAUAUUUGAUUUUUCACCUGAAGAACAUCUUAAACAUGGGGAGGUCAUCCUUGAAAAUAUACGUCCCAUGAAGAAAACAAUUGCUGAGAUAGUGUCUUACCAGGUGGAGCUGAGGUUACCCCAGACAGGAAGGAAACUGCUGCCUGUGUUUCCGCGGACAAAUCGGCUUUUACAGGAUAUAAAACUAUUGGAAAAUGUAACUCAAGAACAAAAUGAGUUACUAAAGGUAGUCAUAAAACAGACUAAUGAAUGCGAUGAAGAAAUAGAACACUUGAAAAAGAUCUUAAAUAAUUAUUCAGCUCAAUUCUCCCUUGAACAUAUGUCACCAGACCAAGCUGCCAGCCUGCCACAAGUACAGGGAGAAAUUGAAGGUAUGGAAAAGCAGAUUCUGAGUUUGAACCAGAAGAAAGAAGACCUGCUGGUGAACUUGAAGGCCACUGUACUAAACCUUCACCAGCAUUUAAAGCAAGAACAAGAAGAAGCAGAAAGAGAAAUGCUAUCAGCUGUAGCACCCGAGGACGGGGGAGUGGCAGAGAGGGAUGCUUCUGAGUGGAAGGUGAACAGAAGAGGCUCCAUGUCUUUCCUGGCAGCAGUGGAGGAAGAGGCAGAAGAAAGCUCCCUGAAGAGUGAAAGUGGAGACAAGAAAGCAGAGCCUUCGUCCCAGUCUUGGCCUGUACUGUGGAAGCAUGACAAGGACAUGGAGGAAGAUAGAGCAUCUUCGUCCUCUGGAACUAUCGUUCAGGAGGCAGAUGGGAAAAUAAGCACCUGUGAUAGUUCUGUGGCACAAAUUCUUGUACCAGACUCAUUAAACACUGAGCAAGGCCCAGAAUUUUCCCUGCCCAACCAAACAGAAGAGGGUGCCACACCUCCUGUCCAGGCUGCAGCUCUGGACUUUUCUGACGAGCAAGGAGCCUUUGAGGCCACGGUGGAGAAAAGUAGGCCCGAGCCUGCAGAAGUCCUCCAUGUCUGCAAGACUCAGGUGGCCAGGCUGGAGCUGUGGCUGCAACAAGCCAACGUGGCAUUUGAGCCGGAAACAUUAAACGCAGACAUGCAGCAGGUGGUGGAACAAGAGCUGGUAGGGUGCCAGGCUAUGCUAACAGAGAUUGAGCACAAGGUUGCCUCUCUGUUAGAGAAUUGCAAAGAUCAGGGCCUGGGAGAUAGCGGAGCCACUCAACAUGAGGCUGAAGCGCUUUCCCUGAAACUAAAAACUGUGAAGUGCAACUUGGAAAAAGUCCAGAUGAUGCUUCAGGAGAAAUAUAGUGAAGAUCAGCAUCCCACCAUUCCAAAGAAACCCUCAGAGCAUCAGAAAGUCCUCCAGCCAGUUAAUCUUUCCGAAUUCGAAUCCAUUGUAACUGAAAGGCCACAAUUCAGCAGACAAAAAGAUUUCCAACAGCAACAGGUUCUGGAGUUAAAACCAAUGGAACAGAAAGAUUUAAUCAAAUUCAUAGAAUUUAAUGCUAAGAAAAGGUGGCCCCAGUAUUGCCAGCAUGAUAAAGAUACAACUCAGGAAUCAUCUGUAAGCAACCAGGCAUCUAGCCCAGCAAAUGAUGUUCCAGACUCGGUUUUGUCACCCCAGGGCCAGACUGGAGACAAAUGGCAGUAUCUGCAUCAUGAACUGUCAUCAAAGAUAAGGCUACCUCUGCCUCAGCUUGUGGAGCCUCAGGUUGCCACAAAUAAGAGUAUUCUACCCAGUGUGAGCAUGUAUAACUUUAGAUACCCAACAACUGAAGAACUGAAGACCUACACCACCCAACUUGAAGACCUGCGCCAAGAAGCAAAUAACCUUCAGACGCAGGAAACCAUGACAGAAGAAACAUACAUAAAUUUGGAUAAAAAAUUAUUUGAGCUGUUUCUGACCCUCAGUCAGUGCCUCGGCAGUGUGGAGGAGAUGCUGCAGACACCAGGACUCCUCAGGGAGGAUGUUCCUGCCCAGCAGGUGCACUACGAGGCGCUGGCUCUUGAGUUGAAGAAACUUUAUUUAGCCAUGAGUGACAAGAAGGCUGAUCUUUUGAAAGCCAUAACUUGGCCUGGUAAAAACACCAGCUUGCUCCGCGAAUGUUUUGACAACCUCCAAGUCUGCCUGGAGCACACUCAGGCUGCAGCUGCCUCUAGAAGCAAUUCCCUGAAAGCCGGCCUCAACUAUAACCACAGUUAUCAGAAUGAAAUAAAGCGAUUAUAUGAUCAACUCAUUAAGAAGAAGACAUCUUUACAACAGUCUUUGAAUGAAAUCAGUGGCCUGAGUAUUGGUGAACAGCUUCAGAAAGCAGAUGCACAUGCAGUGGAGCUGCAGAACUCUGAGAGCCGAGUAGCCAAACUGAGAGGCGAAGGGGAGAGACUUCAUUUACCCUAUGGUUUACUCCAGGAGGUUUACAAAUUGGAGGAUGUACUUGACAGCAUGUGGGCAAUCCUGGGAGCCAGGUACACAGAGCUCAGCAGCCCUUUCAUCACUGAGAACCAGCAAGAUGCCCUGCUGCAGGGCGUGGUGGAACUAGUUAAUAUCGGGAAGGAAAAGCUUGUUCAGGACCACUUACAACAAACCAAAAGUAAAGUUGCUUUACAGGCUCAAAUACAAAAUCACAAGGUUUUUUUUCAGAAGCUUGUGGCUGACAUGUUGUUGAUCCAAACAUACUCUGCCAAAAUGUUUCCUUCUUUAUUGCAAAAGAGAGAGACAUUUUGGGCAGAACAAGUAACAGAAGUUAAAUUACUAGAAGAAAAGUCACGCCAAUGUGGCAUGAAGCUGCAGAGUUUGUUGCAGAAAUGGGAAGAAUUUGAUGAAAACUAUGCAUCUCUUGAAAAGGACCUGGAAAUUCUUGUAUCUACGUUGCCCUCUGUGAGUUUGGUGGAAGAGACGGAGGAGAGGUUACUGGAAAGAAUUUCAUUUUACCAGCAAAUAAAAAGAAACAUUCGUGGAAAGCAUGCCCGGCUUUGCCAAACUCUGAAUGAAGGCAAACAGCUGGUGGCGUCUGUGAGCUGUCCUGAAUUAGAGGGCCAGAUUGCAAAACUGGAAGAGCAGUGGUUGUCCCUGAACAAGAAAAUUGACCACGAACUGCACAGACUGCAAACGCUUCUCAAGCAUCUGCUCAGUUAUAACAGAGAUUCAGAUGAGUUAACCAAGUGGUUGGAAUCAUCUCAGCAAACUCUGAAUUACUGGAAAGAACAGUCCCUCAAUGUGUCCCAGGACUUGGAUACAAUCAGAAGCAACAUAAAUAACUUUUUUGAGUUUUCAAAAGAAGUGGAUGAAAAGUCCUCCUUGAAGACUGCCGUUGUGAGUACCGGGAACCAACUUCUUCACCUUAAAGAAGCUGAUACAGCUACUCUGAGAGCAUCUUUAGCACAGUUUGAACAGAAAUGGACAAUGCUCAUCACUCAGCUUCCAGAUAUUCAAGAAAAACUUCACCAGCUUCAGAUGGAGAAAUUGCCAUCUCGUGAAGCAAUCACAGAAAUGAUUAGCUGGAUGAACAAUGUGGAGCAUCAAACUGCAGAUGAGGACCCUGCCCGUCCACCAGGUUCUGUGUCUCAAGUUAAAAAUCUUCUGCAGAAGCACAAGGAGUUUAGAAUGGAAAUGGACUAUAAACAGUGGAUAGUUGACUUUGUUAACCAGUCACUACUUCAGUUAAGCACCUGCGACGUAGAAAGCAAGCGCUAUGAAAGAACGGAGUUUGCAGAGCACCUGGGGGAGAUGAACCGCCAGUGGCACCGGGUACACGGAACACUCAGCAGGAAGAUACAACAUUUAGAACAACUUUUGGAGAGUAUCACUGAGAGUGAGAACAAGAUACAGAUUUUGAACAACUGGAUGGAAGCGCAAGAAGAGAGACUAAAGAUGUUACAAAAACCUGAAAGUGUGAUCUCGGUCCAGAAGCUGCUCCUGGACUGUCAGGAUAUAGAAAAUCAACUUGCAAUUAAAUCCAAAGCACUGGAUGAGUUGAGACAAAGUUAUCUGACUUUGGAGAGUGGAGCAAUGCCUUUGUUAGAAGAUACAGCAUCCAGAAUGGAUGAGUUAUUUCAAAAGAAGAACAAUGUUAUCAGUCAGGUCAAUCAGCUCAAAACCUCCAUGCAGCCAGUCUUGCAGGAGUGGAAGACUUAUGAUAAACUCUAUGAUGAAGUGAAUAUGAUGACAAUCCAAUUCGGUUACUGCAUGGAACACAGCAAGCCCCUGGUGUUAUCCUUGGAGGCCCUGAGAUGCCAGGUGCAGAACCUUCAGUCUCUGCAAGAUGAAGCUGAGAGCAGUGAAGGGAGUUGGGAGAAACUCCAGGAGGUUAUUGGCAAACUCAAAGGUCUCUGCCCCUCCGUUGCUGAAAUAAUAGAAGAGAAAUGCCAAGAUACUCAUACAAGGUGGACCCAGGUAAACCAAGACAUCGCAGACCAGUUGCAGAAGACCCAGAGUCUGCUCCAGCUCUGGAAGGCCUAUGACAGCGCCCAUGCCGAAGCCACAGCAAGGCUGAAGCAACAGGAAGCAAAGUUUCAACAGCUCGCGAACAUCAAUAUGUCUGGAAACAACCUGGCAGAGAUCCUUCCCCCAGCCCUGCGGGACAUAAAGGAGCUACAGCAUGAUGUGCAGAAGACAAAAGAAGCCUUUCUCCAAAAUUCUCCUCUUCUGGAGCGACUCUCACAACCCACAGAGUCCAGCACGCCCAUGCUCCUCCCUGGUCGCCUGCACUCCCUCCAGAGGGCUGCUUACUUGGAAAAGAUGCUGCUUGUGAAAGCAAAUGAAUUUGAGUUUGUUCUCUCACAGUUUAAGGAUUUUGGGGACCAGCUGGAAUCUUUAAAAGGUCUUAUUAUGCAUGAAGAAGAGAAUUUGAAUAGUCUCUACCAGCAAGAAAAAGAAGAAAAUCCCGACUCAUUCCUGAAUCAUGUGCUGGCACUGACAGCCCAAUCACCUGAUAUAGAACAUUUGAAUGAAGUAAGCCUCAAGCUCCCGCUUAGUGAUGUGGCUGUGAAGACAUUACAGAACAUGAACCGGCAAUGGGUUCGGGCCACAGCCACAGCCCUGGAGCGUUUCAGUGAGCUUCAGGGAAUUGGAUUGAAUGAAAAGUUUCUUCACUGUUACGAAAAGUGGAUCCAACUUUUGGAGAAGGUAGAAGAGAUGCUGAAAGUGAAUAUUGCCGACAGCCUUCCAGCUCUCCUGGAACAGCAGAAAACCUGUGAGAUGUUAGAAGCUGAAGUUUCUAUAAACCAAACAAUUGCUGAUUCUUAUGUCACCCAGUCUGUUCAACUCCUGGACACACCAGAAAUAGAGACGAGACCAGAAUUUGUUUCAGAAUUCUCAAAGCUCGCAGACCGGUGGCAGAGCGCUGCCCGGAGCGUUCGGCAGAGGAAGGGUGACAUCGAUGAGCUGGUGAGGCGGUGGCAGUACUUCACCACUUCCGUGGAAGACUUGCUCCGCUUCCUCACCAACACCAGUCACCUGCUCUCUGCAGUGAAGGGCCAGGAUCGCCAUAGCCUCUACCAAACCAGAAGUCUCAUCCAUGAGCUGAAGAAUAAAGAAAUCCUUUUUAAGAGAUGGCAGACUACCUAUUCACUGACCUUGGAAACUGGGGAAGAGUUGCUGCACACAGCCAACCUAGAAACUAAAGAGUCGAUUCACAAGAGAAUCAGUCAGCUUCAAGACAACUGGAAGGACACAGAGCUCCAGCUAGCAGAGAUGAUUAAGCAGUUCCAGAGCAUUGCAGAGACCUGGGACCAGUGUGAAAAGAAAAUCAAGGAGUUGAAAAACAAGCUACAAGUUUUAAAGGCACAAAGUAAAAAUCCUCUUCCGGAACUUCAUGAGGACCUCCAUAAUGAAAAAGAGCUGAUUAAGGAACUAGAGAAGUCUUUGGCCAACUGGACUCAGAACUUGAAAGAACUUGAGACUAUGAAGGCAGACUUAACCCGGCACAUUCUUGUGGAGGACGUGAUGGUUUUGAAGGAGCAAAUAGAGCAUUUGCACAGACAAUGGGAGGACCUCUGCUUAAGAGUGGCUAUACGCAAACAGGAGAUCGAAGACAGACUCAACUCAUGGAUCGUAUUCAAUGAAAAAAAUAAAGAGCUGUGUGCAUGGCUGGUGCAGAUGGAAAACAAAGUUCUACAGACAGCGGAUAUUAGUAUUGAAGAAAUGAUUGAAAAGUUACAGAAGGACUGCAUGGAAGAGAUAAAUUUGUUUAGUGAAAACAAGUUACGGUUAAAGCAAAUGGGUGACCAGUUGAUCAAGGCCAGCAACAAGACAAGAGCUUCUGAGAUCGACGACAAGCUCAACAAAAUCAACGAUCGCUGGCAACAUCUUUUUGAUGUCAUUGGAUCAAGGGUGAAGAAGCUGAAGGAGACCUUUGCUUUUAUUCAGCAGUUGGACAAAAACAUGAGCAACCUUCGUACCUGGCUGGCUCGAAUUGAGUCCGAGCUUUCCAAGCCUGUGGUGUAUGACGUCUGCGACGAUCAGGAGAUCCAGAAGAGGCUCGCCGAGCAGCAGGAUCUACAGCGAGACAUCGAGCAACACAGUGCAGGGGUGGAGUCCGUGUUUAACAUCUGUGACGUCCUGUUGCACGACUCGGACGCCUGUGCAAAUGAGACCGAGUGUGACUCCAUCCAGCAGACCACCAGGAGCCUGGACAGACGCUGGAGGAACAUCUGUGCCAUGUCCAUGGAGCGGCGCAUGAAGAUCGAGGAGACGUGGCGCCUGUGGCAGAAGUUUUUAGAUGACUAUUCCCGCUUCGAGGACUGGCUCAACUCGGCGGAGCGGACGGCGGCCUGCCCGAACUCCUCGGAGGUGCUGUACACGGGCGCCAAGGAAGAGCUGAAGAGGUUCGAGGCCUUCCAGCGGCAGAUCCACGAGCGCCUCACGCAGCUGGAGCUCAUCAACAAGCAGUACCGGCGGCUGGCGCGGGAGAACCGCACGGACACGGCCAGCAGGCUGAAGCAGAUGGUCCACGAGGGCAACCAGCGCUGGGACAACCUCCAGAGGCGGGUCACGGCCAUCCUGCGGAGACUCAGACAUUUCACCAACCAGAGGGAGGAGUUCGAGGGGACCCGGGAGAGCAUCCUGGUGUGGCUCACAGAGAUGGACCUGCAGCUAACCAACGUGGAGCACUUCUCGGAGAGCGACGCUGACGACAAGAUGCGCCAGCUGAACGGCUUCCAACAGGAGAUUACAUUAAACACCAACAAGAUUGAUCAGCUCAUCGUGUUUGGGGAGCAGCUGAUUCAGAAGAGCGAGCCCCUGGACGCCGUGCUGAUCGAAGACGAGUUGGAGGAGCUCCACCGGUACUGCCAAGAGGUGUUCGGCAGGGUCUCGCGGUUCCACCGGCGGCUGACCUCCCGCCCCGCGGGCUUGGAAGACGAAAAGGAGGCUUCUGAGAAUGAAACGGACAUGGAAGACCCCAGAGAGAUCCAGACCGACUCGUGGCGUAAAAGGGGAGAGAGCGAGGAGCCCGCGUCCCCUCAGUCCCUCUGUCAUCUAGUGCCGCCGGCACCGGGGCACGAGCGGUCUGGCUGCGAGACCCCGGUCAGCGUGGACUCCAUCCCUCUGGAGUGGGACCACACAGGUGACGUGGGGGGCUCCUCCUCUCACGAAGAAGAAGAGGAGGGCCCGUACUACAGUGCACUGUCAGAUGUAGAAAUCCCUGAAAAUCCUGAGGCAUAUCUUAAAAUGACCACAAAAACUUUGAAAGCGUCUUCUGGUAAAUCCAUUUCUGAUGGCCACUCGUGGCAUGUUCCUGACAGCCCUUCCUGUCCCAAGCAUCACUUCAAACAGAUGGAAGGUGACAGGGAUGGAGCACCCAUCCCCUCGGAUUCCAGCACCCCUUAUAAACCACCCUAUGUAAAGCUGCUAUUACCUCCAGGCAAAGAAGGCCCAAGAGCCUUGAAUGGCAGCCCACAGCAGGAAGAGGAGAGACUGGCCGGUGGAACAGGACCGCAGUCAGGUGCCUUUGACAGAUGGGAACUGAUUCAAGCACAGGAACUUCACAGUAAAUUCAGAACAAAACCAAACUUGCAGCAGCUGAACUCUGAUAUCAGUGACCUCACCACUUGGCUGAAAAAUACUGAAGCAGAGCUGGAAAUGUUAAAGAUGGCAAAGCCCCCCUCUGAUAUCCAGGAAAUGGGACUCAGAGUGAAGAAACUGCAGGAGAUAUUAAAAGCCUUUGACACCUACAAGGCGUUAGUGGUCUCUGCCAACGUGAGCAGCAAGGAGUUUCUGCAGACGGAGAGCACCGAAUCCACGGGGCUCCGAAGUCGGCUCCACCAGCUGAGCCGGUGCUGGGACGCGGCACAGGGCGCAGUGGACAGCUGGAGAGAGGGCCUGCGGCAGUCGCUCAUGCAGUGCCAGGACUUCCACCAGUUGAGUCAAAGUCUGCUACUGUGGUUAGCAAGUGCUGAGAACCGGAGGCAGGAGGCUCAUGUCACCGACCCACAGGCAGACCCCCAGGCUCUCCUGGAGUGUCAGAAGGAACUCAUGCAACUGGAAAAGGAGCUAGUGGAACGUCAACCUCAAGUAGAUACCUUACAGGAGAUUUCAAACAGCCUUCUUAUCAAGGGGCAAGGAGAAGACUACAUUGAGGCUGAGGAGAAGGUCCACGUUAUUGAGAAGAAACUCAAACAGUUACUGGAACAAGUGUCCCAGGAUUUAAUGUCCUUGCAGGGGAGCCAGAACCCAGACCCAUCUCUGCCCGGCUUCGACGAGGUAGACACAGGGGACCAGCCUCCAGCAGCAUCCAUGCCAGCUUCCCACGCGAAGCAAUUCAGAGCAGAGAGAACUACAGAAGGCGAGAAGGAGACAGAGAGCAGGGUGCCCGGCGGGGCGCGGCCACAGCGCUCCUUCCUCUCCCGGGUGAUCAGGGCGGCGCUGCCCCUGCAGCUGCUGCUCCUGCUGCUGCUCCUCCUGGCCUGCCUGCUGCCCUCCUCCGAGGAAGACUACAGCUGCACCCAGGCCAACACCUUCGCCCGGUCCUUUUACCCCAUGCUGAGGUACACCAACGGGCCGCCCCCCACAUAGAGGGCUCAGCCGGCCGCAGCGCCACACCACCAGCCUGACUGCCUUGGGUGCCCGGCUCGUGGCCCCAGACCAACCUGGGAGUGACUCUUAGCGUUGGCAAGGUCCAGGGACCUGCCGCACCCGCCUCCUUCUGGACUUGUCCCUCUCUGGAGCCCAGGGCAGCUUUCAAAUGAAGUUACUUGCCACGGCGGCAGGGAACCUGGGCAGCAGUGACCCCGGGCAUCUUGGCAAAGCUAGUUGAUUGGUUUAGAGAUCUCUGGAAAUGGCAGUUUCCUGAAGAGCCGAGCACUUUGUGAAUUCUGAUUUAUUUGUAAAACAGCGUUAUUAUGAUGUCGUUAAUAUGGUCAAUGAGCAGUGGUGUUCAUCGCAUACUAUAGAUCGUAGACGCAAGCAAGCAGAUUUCACCUUAGAAAUGGUCCAGAAAUUCAUAUGCACCCUUAGCUGAUUGAGCGAAACAAUCAUAUUUAUAAUGUUUAGAAUCAGUUUUACUCUGAUCAGCUAGCAAUUUUGAGCUACAGGUUAUAAACCAAAAUGUUCUGUUCAGUCUCUAGGUGUGCUCUUUUAUACCGCUUUAAAUUUUUAAAGAAAUUCUAUUGCAUGGAUGUGGCUAUUUGUGCAUAUUUUUUAACAAUGCUCUGUAUGAAUAAUGUAAACUUUGAUUUUUUUAAAGAAGAAAUCAGAUUUUAGCUUGAGCUUUUGACUAAUGUACAGUAAAUGCCAAACUACAGACUUGAUAGGGAUGUUUUUGUAAGUUAAUUUUCUAAGACUUUUUCACAUUUUAAAGUGCUGCUUCAGGUUUUGUUUAAGUCUUUGGCCACGGGGAAUUGGUCCAGAAACUUGAAGCUGUUUUGUGGUAUGUACAACGCCAAUGUUUCUCAUUAAAAAACAAAAUUAGCCAGA